UUUGUUACAUUUUAGACUGGUAACCUUAACAAUGCGCUUAGAGAAAAGAGAAAAUCGAAGAAGAUCUUCGCCAAGAAAAGCGUCAAAGCAAAGCAUUGCAAGAAGAGCUAAGCAAACUUACACAAAGAAUAACGACAAAUGAAGAGAAACUGGUAAAUCGCUCAGGGGAAGAGAAGUUGUCGGUAGAUGCUGUGAAGGGGCUGACAGAUCUCGCGAGAAAAACGUUCCAGGCCGACAUGAACCUGUUGACGUCAGGCCUGAUAGCGGAAAAACAGAGAACCGUUGAGUUCUGUAAAAUGACCCUGAAAAGCCAUUCCUCUCGCUUGGACGCCAUUGACGGAAGCGUGAGUGAACUUGAGGGUAGUUUGACGAAUCUCAGCGAAACCGUCAUGGCCGUAAACAAAAGCUGUUAUCAGUGCUCUGCUCAUGCGUCAGUGGAAGGAACUGACGCCAGACCAGGCAGUAGUUGGACUGGCUGGUUAAACAGUCGGACGACCAAGUCAUGGGGCGCUGCACACACCAAGAACCCCUGUGAACGUGGCACUCCGAAAAAGAUUCAAGUCCGUAUUUUUGGAACAACCAAUGCAAUCCUGUCCACGGACAAUGAACUAUUCGUUGGACCUAAACUCGGUUUGGUGUGUUACAACUCCUUGCAGGUCGUUAAGAGAUGCAGAGAUUAUAGGAUCCGUUUCGAAGAUUCCAAAACAGUUUCACGCUGGUUUAACGAAGACAAUCCAGGAGGACGGGGCGAUAAUGAGAUGAGGUCUAUCGCUGCACCAGCGUGGAAAGACGGCCAAUUCCUGGCUUGGAACAUCAGCGCUGAUCUGUUUGGCAGGGUGGACCGUACGUUCCAAGUGGGGCCCCGCUAUGGACUGCUGUGUCAUAACCGCAUUCAGCGUCCAAAAGGCACUAAAUGCAGGGACUACGAGGUUCGCUAUUACUGUCCACCAAACGAAGUCAGAUAAACGCUAUGAUGGGAUUCGAGUGCUUUUGCUGUAUUUAUCCCCGGAAUAUUCCAACAGAAGGCCUGACAACACGAGGAAUCCAGGUGAUGCCUUUCUUCCUGUCAGUUAACAGCCCUAACUCAUUACCUGGUCAACAAUGGUUCAAGUAUCAGAACAUAG